UUGUUGGGGGAAUAUAGGAAGCGAAACAGAGUAAGGAGAUGAAGUCAAAGGUUGGGAAGGGUGUUGCGAUUGGUUUGUCCCAGUAAAUAGUAAUGGAAGGGAACUCCAAAGUGAAGGUAGCUGGUAUUCUAUGGUUGGAAGGUUUUAGAGAGGCGUGUUGUCUUCAUCGCGUUGUUAUUCUGUGUACGAGGUCGAGGAGGCUUUUGGUGCGAACAGGCCAGUGUUUCCUCUUAAAUGGUUUCAUUUUCUUAGGAAGUAUAUUCGUCCUAAACUCGGUUGUGAUCCCGGCAUUGUGGUGGAUAUUACCUGAUGAAUGCUCACAGUUUGUUUCUCAUAAACAGUGUGACUUAAGGGGAACUUUGAAAUUUUAUUCUUUCUUACGUCUUGCACUCAUUCAGCUCUUUUAUGUGCUAUGGUUUUACCCAUUAUAUGUGUUUAGCAUAGUUCUAAGCACCAUCUGGUACAAUGACAUUGCCAAGUUUGGGUAUGCUGCAAUGGGAAGAUCUAAGUUUACUGUAGAGAAAGACUCAAGCCAAAACAACCCACCAAAUGUACAAAAUGCUUAUCAUGUAAAAAGACCAUCCGGCUUGGGAGGGGUCAUGAUUGGAAUAAGCGAGCAGGUGUACUCGAUACUCCUUUUGAGUGUUUUCUUUCUUGAGGUCUAUGCAACAGGAUUCAUACCAUUCAUAGGGAAGGUGCUCAACUUUUUACUCCUUUCCUGGAUGUAUGCAUAUUACUGCUUCGAGUACAAAUGGAAUUUCAACGAAGUGGCUCUUGACAGAAGGCUGGACUACUUUGAAUCUUACUGGCCAUUUUUUGCUGGGUUCGGAAGCCCUUGCGUUUUGGCCAUAUUCUUUUUCUCUCCCCUUGUUAGUUAUGGGAUUAUGGCUAUACUUUUUCCACUGUUUGUUCUAACCGCAACUGGGUCAGAGGCUGAGCAAGAAAUAUCCUUUGAAAAACACAAAUGGAGAGCUGCAGGAGUGGAAAGGCUUCCGAUAUUCUAUGUUGCAGACAAUGUGUCGAUGUGGAUGUUAUCUCUUUUACCUCGGGAGAAAGGGAACCAGGUGCAAGACAGAAAAGCACAAUAGGAUUGGUGUAGUCAAUUAUUCUGGCAUAAAUGAUGACUGUAGGAUAAAUUAUAUGUAACAAGCUUAUGUGGUGGACUGCACACUUACACGACUUCAGAAUAUGCAGAAGGUCACAGCUACUAACCGCUGCCAGACCCAAAAUCACCAAAGUGGACCACGUUACAGAAAAAAUUUACUGUGUUGGGUCGGCCCCAACUUGAGUUUUCAUUUUAGGAUAUGUUUGGGAGUUGAAUUUUAAAGAAAAAAAAGUCAUU